AUGCUUCAAGAGAGAACUUAUUACGGCUUAACAUCCAUCUACAAUGACAACCAAGUUCAAUACCUUGUUAAUAUCCAAGUUGGCACUCCUCCCCAAACUUUUGUUGUCAUUGUAGACACAGGCAGCCCUAAGUUUUGGGUUCCGUCGAUAGACUGUCCUGCUUCUCAAUGUCCUCUGGUCAACUUCAAUGCAUCAGAAUCAUCCACACUCACAAAUUGCAACAGCAAUUUCACCAUCACUUACACUGGCGGCUAUGCAAAAGGAAGCUUAGUAACCGAUCAUGUCACAUUAGCCGGCAUCAGCGUAGAUAAUCAGGCAUUUGGACUAGUGACAUCCACUGAAGAAACUGUUACAGUAGAUGAAAACUACAGCGGCAUUCGUGCUGACGGUAUUCUAGGGCUCUCUUUCCCAGACAACAGAACAUUACAGAAGGGCUACAUCUCCUCCAUUCCAUUUCACAUGGCAGCAGAUCAAUUACUGACGGACCCCAUCUUUUCCAUCUGCACCAAUUCGAUAUACCAAGAUGGCUGGGCUGGCGACAUUAUUCUGGGUGGUAUGAAUACAUCUGAUUUCGUUGGCAAUUUGAGCUAUGUUCCCGUCGCCCCUGAUUCCGUAACACAGCAAUACACGUUCUGGCAAAUAUACACAAAAUCAGUUUCAUUGACAUCUGCUGUGGACAGCACACUGAUCACAACAUCUCCCGACUUUGAUCCUCGAGUGAUCACCACGAUCGAUACAGGUACCACGUUUUCGUACAUGAGCAACGAGUACAUCAAAUCCAUGAUGCGAGCUAUCACUGGCCAAGUUCCCCGAGAACUGGAUUCUGGAUCUGGCUGUUAUCCCAUUGAUUGCAACUACGCAUACGCAGACGAGAAUGAUUUCAAUGUCGCGCUUGAAUUCUCAGUAUCAGACACUGAUAAAACUACACUCAUCACUAUUCCAGUCAAUGAAUUAGUAGAGCCAGUAGAUAACACCAGUAUUCAAUAUGCUCAUCGGUGCGUGUUCUCGCUUUGUCCAACGUCAGCGCCUACCAUGUUGCUCGGAGAUUCAGUGAUCCGAGCACUCUAUUUAGUGUUUGAUAUGGAGCACAAGCAAAUGGGGUUUGCACCUUCUUUGAAUACACACAGCACAGUUCGCCAAUACUGA